AUGUGCACUGAGGGGAACACCAACGUGGAUAUCAACUUCAAAGGGAUAGAUUCCAAAGGCAUUAUCAAAGUACCCAAUUUUGAGACAAUUAACUCGCUUUCUGGAAAGUGCUUAAAAAUCUCAAUUCAAAGAUCAGAUAUGAAGUUUAUUUGUUCAACUAUAAGCCCUAAGAUUAUACCCGCUCCUCUCUCUCUUCACCCUCAUCUCUGUUCCCCAUCAACCAUCUCUUCACUUUAUUCCAGUGCCGUUGUUAGACCGGCACCACUGCGAGAGGAUCGGCGCUGCUGUGACUCUGAAUUGGUGCUAGAUCACCACAGCACCACCACUGCAGUAGGAUCGGCGCCGCUGCAAGAGAGCGACGCCUACUGUGAGGACCUCUGCCCCCAGGUGCGCCACGCUUUAAUCAAAAGCUCAUACUCCAGCCACAUGGAAAGUUGGAAUCUCGUAUCAAACUUAAACUCAUAUCUUGAAUAGAAAAAAGAGGAAAUUUGAGGAAGAACAAAUUCAUGUAUUGAUUCUGGGCCCUGCUUGAUGUAAUCCACUUUGAUAAUAUUCCUUCACAUAUCUAGAAAUACACUAACACCUUUUCAUUUUCCUAUAUUUUUUUUAAUAGUUCUGUUCGUUUUAUUAGUUUUACAGCUAGUAUUAGAAAAACCGUAAUAUUUAUAAACUUCAUCAAGUCAGAAGAAAUGGCAGGAAUGCAACUAGUUGAUGAUUCCAUUGGCAUUGAAACCUUGUAUCACAUUAAGGAGACAAGGAGAGAAUCCAUAAAGAUUAAAGAUGCUCUUAGAUAUUUCUAAGAAUCUGGUACCCAAGAAUAGACAUAAUUUGGUCAAUUAAAAGCAAUCAAAUAAUGUAAAUUGAAGAUUUAGAAAUUCAAAAGCAGUGGCGCUUGGAAUUAGCAUUUGUAUUCCGUAGAAUUUAAGUAUAACUUUAUCCAAAAGUAGUGAUUUGCUUAAAAUAGACAUAAAUUAAAAAGUUAGCUUAGCAUUUUAAAGUAUUCUCUCAUAACCUAUCAUAAAAUUCAAGUAUAGCUUUAACCAAAAGUAGUGAUUUGCUUGGAAUAGAUGCCAAUUAAACAAUUUGCAUCACAUUUUAAAGUAUUCUUGCAUACCCUACCAUAAAAUUUAAGUAUAAUUUUAAUCAAAAGUGAAGAUUUGCUUGUAAUAAAUGCAAAGCAAGUUUUGCUAUUUCUAAGAUUGGUGCAAAACAAUGUUUUAAAUACUGAUUUUUAGGAGAAUGAGUGGUUAAAGAGUAGGAAAAAAUUUAAAGUUUACUUGCAGAAUAUCUUUUGUGUGAACGCGUGUUGAAAAUGAGUCUAUAAAAGAAAGAUUGAAGAUAAUGAUUGUCAAGCUGGGGCUAAAAUUGUUGU